AUGUCUCCAUAUAGAUUAGUGUAUGGUAAGGCUUGCCAUUUGCCUGUAGAGUUGGAACAUAAGGCGUAUUGGGCAAUUAAACAAUGCAAUUUUAACAUUGAUGAUGCUGGUUGCGUGAGAAAAUUGCAGUUAUCCGAAUUGGACGAGCUGAGGAUGGAUGCCUACAAUAAUUCUAAAUUGUCCAAGGAGAGAAUGAAGAACUGUCAUGAUAAACACAUUCAGCGUAAGACUUUUGAGCCCGACCAACAGGUGCUAUUAUACAACUCUCGCCUACACUUGUUUCCUGGUAAGUUAAGGUCUCGGUGGAGUGGACCUUUUGUGGUGAAGACUGUUUUUCCUCAUGGUGCUGUAGAGAUUCUGAAUCCUCAAAAUGGUAAUGUUUUUAAGGUUAAUGGUCAAAGGCUCAAGCCUUUUAUUUCUAACUUUGCACCUGAGGAAUCUACUCUACAUUUGCUUGAUCCCACUUAG